AAGCAAUCUCUUAUCCCAUCUCUCCACUCUGUAACGCUGGGUUUUAGUAAUAAGCUUUGGCAUUUAUCCAGUGCAAGCUUCUUGAUGACAAAGGUGAUAGUGUUUUAGUUGCUGAUCCAAUACUCAACUCUAGUUCCAGGGGACUUAGGUAAUCAGUUGGAAGCGAAGUUAGAUAAGCCAUCAGUAGUGCACUAUCUCUGCUCAAAGAAGACUGACAGUUAUUUUACGCUCUGGCUGAAUUUAGAGUUGCUUCUUCCUGUCAUCAUUGACUGCUGGAUUGAUAAUAUCAGGCUUGUAUAUAAUCGAACAAGUAAGAUCACAGAACCACCAGAUGGAGUGGAUAUCAGAGUCCCAGGUUUUGGGCAGACAUUUUCCUUGGAAUUUCUUGACCCGAGUAAAAGGAGCGUUGGCAGUUACUUUUAUAUGCUGGUGCAGAGUUUAGUAGACUGGGGCUACAAACGUGAUGAAGAUGUACGAGGAGCACCUUAUGACUGGCGCAAGGCACCAAAUGAGAAUGGAGACUAUUUUGUGGCCCUUCGCAAGAUGAUAGAGUUAAUGUACGAGCAGUAUGGAAGUCCUGUUGUCUUAAUUGCCCACAGUAUGGGCAAUAUGUACACCCUCUACUUCCUCAACCAUCAGACUCAGGAUUGGAAAGACAAGUACAUAAAGGAUUAUGUGUCAUUAGGUGCUCCAUGGGGAGGAGUGGCUAAAACUCUCCGUGUGCUGGCUUCAGGUGACAACAAUAGAAUACCUGUUAUCAGUUCUCUCAAGAUUAGAGACCAGCAGAGAUCGGCUGUUUCCACAAACUGGCUGCUCCCCUACAACUACACAUGGCCUCCAGAUAAAGUGUUUGUAAGCACACCUACAGCUAACUACACUCUUCGGGAUUACCAAAAAUUCUACAGGGACAUCAGUUUUGAAGAUGGCUGGCUCAUGAGACAAGACACCGAGCCCCUAGUCUACCAGAUGACCCCACCUGGUGUGCGUGUACACUGUCUUUACGGUACUGGCGUGGAAACACCCGAUUCCUUCCAUUACGAAAGUUUUCCUGACAAAGAACCCAAGAUUCUUUACAGCGACGGGGAUGGUACAGUAAACUUACAGAGUGCCUUGCAGUGUCAAAAGUGGGUGGACAUGCAAAAACAGGAAGUGGUGAUACUUGAGCUUUCAGGAAAUGAGCAUAUUCAAAUGCUAUCCAAUGAUACUACUAUCUCCUAUGUGAAAAAGCUGCUUUUUGAUUUGUGAUACCUUGUGUUGACAGUUACUUUUCUCACCUGUGAUGCCUUCCCUUAAAUAUGGGAAAAUGCCUUUUAAUCUCUUGAUAUUUAGAUAU